CUCCCUGUCAAUCUUUACUCCAAUCAAAGCUCACCACCCGGAUCCUGUUUUCAUUUUAUCCACCGCUAACCCUCCUCGGAUGUCCCCUGUCACUCUCUGUCCACGUCCCCGCUACACUAGUUAUGUGCGUUCCUUUCCACUCGAUACGCUCUCGCCUCCUUUGCGUGUCCGGAUAGGAGUUGAGCCGUGAAGGGGUUACCCGCCCGUUGCGUCACUGCCCCAGCUAUGGCGUCAGUGUACAGCGCUGGGUCCCAUACUCUCAGCAAGGAUGACGUGAACUACAGAAUGCAUUUCCGAAUGAUAAACGAACAGCAGGUCGAGGACAUCACGAUAGAGUUCUUCUAUCGGCCCCACACCAUUACUCUACUGACAUGCACGGUGCUGAGUUUGAUGUAUUUCGCCUUCGCAAGAGAUGAUGGAAAUCCUGAUAGUAAUCUAUGGGUGGGCCUCAUUUUGGUCAUCUCUUUCUUCCUGGUCAUCAGUGUUUUGGCAUUUCCUAAUGGUCCAUUUACUAGACCACAUCCAGCAAUAUGGAGAAUAGUCUUUGGCCUGAGCGUCCUCUACUUCCUCUUCCUGGUUUUCCUCAUCUUCCUGAACUGGCAGCAGGUUAAACAGUUAAUGUACUGGCUGGAUCCAAACCUGCGCUACGCCAAGAGAGAGGCAGACAUCAUGGAGUAUGCCGUCAACUGCCACGUCAUCACCUGGGAGAGGAUCCUCAGUCAUUUUGACAUCUUUGCCUUCAGCCAUUUUUGGGGCUGGGGCAUGAAAGCGCUCCUCAUCCGAAGUUACGGCCUGUGCUGGACCAUAAGUAUUACCUGGGAGCUCACCGAGCUGUUCUUCAUGCAUCUCCUGCCCAACUUUGCCGAGUGCUGGUGGGACCAGGUGAUUCUGGACAUUCUGCUGUGUAACGGUGGAGGCAUCUGGCUGGGCAUGACGGUGUGCCGCUUUCUGGAGAUGAGGACCUACCACUGGGCCAGUAUUAAGGACAUCCACACCACCACAGGCAAGAUCAAGCGAGCCGUGUUACAGUUCACGCCGGCGAGCUGGACCUACGUGCGCUGGCUGGAUCCCAAGUCUUCCCUGCAGCGAGUCAUGGGCGUCUAUCUCUUCAUGAUCAUUUGGCAGCUAACAGAGUUGAACACAUUUUUCCUCAAGCACAUAUUCGUCUUUCCGGCGAGCCACGCCCUCAGCUGGUGUCGGAUCCUGUUCAUUGGCAUUAUCACGGCGCCGACAGUCAGGCAGUAUUACGCCUACCUCACAGACACACAGUGUAAAAGAGUUGGGACGCAGUGUUGGGUGUUUGGGGCCAUCGCCUUCCUGGAGGCCUUGGCGUGUAUUAAAUUUGGACAGGAUUUGUUCUCCAAAACCCAGGUCCUGUAUGUGAUCCUGUGGCUACUGUGUUUGGCCUUCAUUACAUUCCUGUGCCUGUAUGGAAUGGUGUGGUGUGCAGAGACCUACGGGCCAAGAGAAAAGAGCCUCUCAGAAUGCGAGGAUAGCAAUUACACAGACUUCGCCGACCUCGGAUCAGAAGCAUUUAAAGGAGACAUGAAAGACGACGGCGACAGCCCAAAAGUGAGACCGAGAGGAAAGAGACUGGGGAAACUGAAAUCCACUAACGGCGUGGAGAGCCAGUAGACACACCUCAAAAAGGUUUGGGGGCGGGGUCAUUAAGAUAUACGAUAUUACAGAAGCGACUAACGGGUCCAUGCAGUGUUUCUUGUUAGUGCAACCAAUGUGCUGCACUCAUAAAAAGCUCCUUUUCCACUGUUGACAGGUGUGUGCGCAUGUGUAAAUACACAGUAUGUGUGUGUGUGUGUGUGUGUGUAAAAGAAAGUAACUGCCAACCGUAGAUUGAAUUGCAUGCUCCAUGUAGUCAAUCAUUUACAGAAGCAGUAUAUCAUCCAUUAAUGGUGGCUCCAGACAUUUCUAUAUAGAAUUGAUCAUAUUCCUUUUGAGCCUCCGUGUCUUUUAUUAAUAAUAAUAAUAAUAAUAAUAAUAAUAAUAAUAAUGAUCUGUUGUCAGUUUACAAUAGUUGCAUAUGUUAUGUAAGUUCUGCACUGUUUGGUGACAAUAACUUGAAUGUGGGCGGGGCUUCCACACCCUUUUUUUUUUUUUUUGACCUGGAACAAAAGCAAAGCACACACAGCUAAAAGCACUUUGCAAAGCUCGGAAGAAAUGUACAUUCGGAACGUUCGAGUACCAUUGUGAAGCAUCGUGAGUGAUUAUACUCCCCGUUUGUUCAUGGCUGCUAUUUUUUUUUUAUUUAGUUUUGUUUAUGUUUACCAUGUUGUUGGUAACGAAGGGCAGAUACUCAAAUCGAUCAUCUUCAGGCUCGACCUGUCUUGAUGCAGCUUUGUCAUCAAUAUUUGUUACAUGUGCACGGUCGUGGCACACGCUAGGAACACACCAUUUGGGGGGUGCGCGGAUGGGGGGGGCAUUUUUCUUUGUGUCUUUCACCGUCAUCGUCAACUUUAACUCACCUUUUGUGCCUGUCUUCAUAUUUCAUAUUUACUCCUAUCUUUGUGUGUGUGUUAAAAGUUACUUGUCGUUGUUUGUGUGUUUUGCCCUUGAGUGCUUUACUAAUAUAAAUAUGUCAGGGGUGGGCAAACUGCGGCCUGGGGGCCACAUGCGGCCCACCAAAUGUUUGAAUCCGGCCCGCCAGUAUUUCAACUUUUAACAUAGAAGCUGGCAACAUGACUUGCAAGUCGGAUAACUAAAAAAAAACAACAAAAAAAGUUAAAUUAAAUUUCGUAAUUUGAUGUGGUCUGAUGUUAAAAGUGCUAAAGUGCUCCUGAAAUAGUAUUUCACUUUUACAGAUAAAAUUAGACAACUAAUUCAAUGCAGAAUGUUAGAAUUAAACGUAAAAUUGUGUGUGUGUGUGUGUGUGUGUGUGUGUGUUAAAUACGUUUUCUUCCCCUUCCCGGACAAUUUUGUUAACUCAACGCGGCCCACGAGUCAAAAAGUUUGCCCACCCCUAAAAUAUGUCUUCUCAUUUCCAACAUCAGUAUGAUCUCAUGCAGUAAACAGCCCGUGUGCAAUAUCACUUGGAUCAUUCAGAACUUGAUAUGCAGCAUAAGGAACAAUAACAAAGCUAUACUUUAGAGUAGACAGUGUACAGGUUGUAUGAACUAUGACCUGAAAAUGAGUCAACACACAGACGUUAUUGUGUGAAGUGAACAAGGUGAACGCUCCUACCCCUGAAAAUCCUCUUAAGCACUGCUAUGCAAGCUGUACACUGACCACUCUAAAGUAUAUGCAGUUUUCCUUAGUAUUGCCCCUUGAGAAGAUAUACUAUAAUGAAAAUAGUUGCUGAAAUGUGAGUGUUGUACUCACUGUUGAGACACUGAACACGUCACGUUCUCCAAACCUGCAGAUAUCUUUUAUUGUAUAUUUAUGAAAUACUUAUAGGUGAAAUGGACAUUACAUUAUUGAACCGAAAUCCAAUAUGAGUCGCGUGAGAAGUGCCUUGAACGCCUUCUGAUUUGCUUCUAACACACACCAUCUGCAAUGGCUCCAAAUUAUUACAGGUGGAUAAAACAUUCACGUUGUCAUCUUACAAAUAACACUAAACUCAUCACACAGCAACCUAAUAUUGAAAAGGUCUAACUGAGAAAUAUACAAACAUGUAUCAAUAUUAAUUAAUUAAUUAAUUCAUUCAUUUUCUACCGCUUUUCCUCACGAGGGUCGCAGGGGGAUGCUGGAGUCUAUCCCAGCUGUCUUCGGGUGAGAGGGCCAGCCAAUCAUAUAGACAAACAACCAUUCACACUCACAUUCAUACCUAUGGACAAUUUGGAGUCGCUAAUUAACCUAGCGUGUUUUUGGAAUGUGGGAGGAAACCGGAGUAUCCGGAGAAAACCCACGCAGAGAUGGCCGAGGGUGGAAUCGAACCCUGGUCUGCGCGGAUAAAACAUUUAUCACACCAGAUAAAACAUUAUUAAGUUAAUUAACGUUGAUAGAUUUUUAUUUGGCGGGUUUGGAGAGCGUGUCAUAUAGAUUUUAUUUACGGGGGGGGGGGGCGUAUAGCACUAAAAUUCCUCCCCCUCCAUGGACUUCCACUGUGCUGUCUGCAUGAUACACUGAUUUCAAAUCUUUGCAUGUCAGCUUUGUCGUUCAAUCUUUCAGUUUUAUACACUUUUGCUACCGACUCCAUUUUCUCCUUUGAGGCCUGUACUUUGUUUGUUUGAACGACGUGACAUUCGAGUGACGAUUUCACCUCCGUAAUUUCCAAUUCUUGACAAAUCAAACAUUAGUUUCACCAGCAACUGAGCCGGUGAGGUUCCGAUUAAAAGGUACAGAUGUCUCGGCUUCUAUUUGUUUCCUAGAAAUAAUUUGCCAAAAUUUGCUCACCAUUGGAAAUGACUUGUGCUGUUCUAUAUCUUCUAUAUCACUGUGAACUAUUGGAACCACAUUAAAAGCUUUUACAUGUUCUUUCAA